ACUCUAUCUACUUCAUCUCCAUGCUUACUGACAAUCACGGCCCAGCAACCUCUAUGACGAACAGCCUCUUUGAUAUGCUCAAGCCUAUAGGGUACCUCUACAAGAGAUUUAGCCUCUUGCUCUGGCGCCUUUAAGCCAACCCUUCAUAUUUCCUUAUCCAUUGACACUCAUCUCGUGACCUCCCUUGAUUACUCUUCCGUUAUCGCUAAGCUUGAUGUGCACGGAUUGAAUCCUUCAAAGAUUAGUAUGGCAACCAAUAUUCAUCGGCAAGCACCUCCAAUACCUGGCAAAAGACGCCCGGUCAACAAAACUUUUAGCGGCUGCGCCCGUUGUAAAUCCAGCAAGGUAAAAUGCGAUGAAGCGAAACCCAGCUGCGGCCGCUGCGUUUCAAGAAAGCUACCAUGUCCGGGUUAUCCAGGCAUGAUAAUACGAUGGUCUACAAAGCACGAGGUGUUCAAUAGCGUAAAAGAUCCAAGCCUCAUAUGCAACACAUCCUCAAGACCAGCACUAAACAGUCAUCUUACCUUCCACCCCACUUAUCCGAAAGGCUCCCCUCCGCUUCAAAAACCCACACCUUCAACUGAGAGUGGUCUUCGACAAACGUGCUCAGAUAUAAUAUCGUGUUCCUCAACUGAGAAUAAUGCUGUGCCCGACGAAGAAGAGAAUACUCCAAUAUCGGCGAUCGCAAACGGAUCUUACAAGCUCCCGAAUAGUCAUGGCCCGGCCUAUUUGUUGGACAAGAAUAGCUCCGUGGGCUCCGUGGACUUUGCAGGCACUGCUCCAUCAUUGUCGGGCGUGAUGCAAUACCAGGACAAUUACCAGUGGCUAGAUACUUCUUCAGUUGUCCCAUGGAAGAAGACUUCUAUUCCGCCGGCCAUUAGCCACCUUCCAGCAGAUUUGGCAACAUAUUAUUUCAAGAACGUCUGUUCGGUUUUCUCCAGUUUUGACUCAGAACUUAAUCCGUUUCGGUCAUAUGUUUCCCAAGUCUUCUCGUACUCUGCGCCUGUAUUCAAUGCAAUGCUGAGCGGUUCUGCGGCAAGACUAGCGGACGAGAAGCCACAACUGAAGGUUAUCGCUCUUCAAUACCAGAGUCAGGCCUUGAGAUGCAUCGCAGAGAGUCUAAAACAAACGAACAAAGUCCGCGAAGACACCCUAUUCGCAAUAUUCCUCAUAGGAUUGAGUACAGCAUGGCACGAUGGGAAGGAUAUCGGCAUCGCUCACUUCCAUGCUGCCCAGCGAGCCAUCUCAUCAAAUGCAAUAUCCGCGAGAGGGAACAAUCAAUCAAUGGCCAACUUCUUCAAGUCUGCUCUCAUCUAUUGGGAAAUGGCUAUUAGUAUAGUCAGUGAUGAAGUAGAGUUCAGUUCCGACAUAGAGGCUGUCACGGCGGAAGAAAGUCCCAAUAUGGCAACCAUAGAAGCAAGAGAGUCCACCAAUCCUCGUAUAACUCCACACCCAUGGACUGGGGUGUCAUCACCUAUCCAAGCUAUCUUCAGUCGAGUCACAAAGGUUAUCCGGUCCUUGAGGCUGGUUGAUGAUCGCUCUGAUGCUGGCCUACUCGAACACAAGAAACUCAGCCAAGACGCUACGAAACUAGAAGAAGCUCUCUGGUCUGUUGCAUUGCCAGACAUCGCGGAGAUCGAUGAUUCGGGAGAUCCUAACACGCCAUCACACCACCACGUUCUUCUCGCGGAGGCAUACCUCUUUGGUAGCCUAUAUCAAAUAUAUCGCAAGUUUUCCGGCAUUCUACGGCACCGUCAACAGUGCAUAUCAUCUGCUGGCUGCCCUCCGUUAGGACCCAAGAACAAUCCGAUAGCCGAAUGGUGGAACUCGCUGUCCAAUGCCGCCUCAAAUGACAUGUUUCUACGCUCUCUCGGGUUUAGCGUACUUGAUCGCCUACAACAGAUUCCGAUUACAUCUGGCACAAGGUCUGUUCAAGCUAUUUUAAUAUUUGUCGCCGCCGGGUCGCUGGCUAUACCAUCUCCCUUCAUUCAAGGGCCCAUUCAGCAUGAUGAUUAUGUACCAUCUCUCGAAGCAGGUUCGGCUUUAGAGCAUGAUCAUGUCAUGGAUUUACGAGACUUCACAAUUUCCCGGCUGGCAUCCCUCCGGUCACUAGUUCAUUCACGGCCAGUUGAUCUAAUGUUACAAGUCAUCAAGGAGAUGUAUCGACGUCUUGAUAUGGGAGAAGAAGUUUUUUGGAUUGAUCUUAUUCGCGAAAUGGAGUGUGAGACUAUGUUUGGGUAGGGUUUCAAGAAGUUAUAAUCACCAUCUCAUUAGAAACCACUGAUUAUUUGAUGCAUGAUGCCAAAUAAUGCAAAAAAGGGAUUUAUUAAGACAUAACACGACAUAUGUUUGCACACUAUCUGUAAUACAAAGUCAAAUUUUAGCUCAUUUCUGGUAUCGUGGCCUCCAGCACAUCUACAUCCGUGAUGGUCGUCUGUGGGCCUUUGAACCAAUAUUUCCCACCAAGUCCGAAUGGGAAUAUCCAGC